UGGAACCUUCAGGUCCCAACCACCGCCAGGGCCGCUCCGCCCAGUGGAGCCUGUCCGGCCCCCUUACUGCCCGCUAGCUCCCGCCGGCUGGCGCAAGCUGUCGGCGCCGGGGCACUGCGGGCGGGGUCGGAGCCUGGCCUUCCUGACGUUGCAGCUGCCGUCCCCGCACGUUCCGGCCAGGGCCUCCCUCUUAGGGCCGGGCGGCGCCCGUGGCUCAGGCUGCAGAGUAGGGAAGCGAGCGGCUGCCAAGGCACAGCAGCGAUCCGGCGGGGGCGGAAAAUGGCGGCGGCUUCGGAGGAGCUAAAUGGCGCCGGGACCCCUGGGGGGUGGGGUGGGCCGGGAGGUUGAGUAGAGAACUGGGCCAGAAGGAGUGGAGACAGUAAGAAAGCCCUACUUGUUUUCUCGUGGUGUUCUUUUUUUUCGUUUUUAUUUUUGUUACGUUUUUGUUUCGGUUUUGUCCAGCGUAGGAGAGGUAGGCUUGGGUGGGGUUGAGAGAGUGGGGGUGGGUCUCGACCCAACUUCCCCCCCCUUUGCUUUUUUGUUCUUUUCCCUCGUUUGCGCUUUAGAUUCUUCUGUAAUUUUGCGGGGGUUCAGCCUUGAUCAGCGAUUCACGGCCCAGACAUAGAGAAUCGGGAUAGCUGGCCGAACCGUCUCUGUCAGUCUGAGUCUCUUUAAAGAAGGGAUGUGGGCUGGGGCGCGGGGACAGAGUCGUGGUGGAGCACGGAAAAUGCGUCUGUAAAGUAGUAAUUACCCUAUUGUGCCGAGUUCCGAGAAAGUUGUUAAAAUUGUUAAGUCCACUUUGUUCUCUAAAAUGGACUUCGCUUUGAGAAUUUCUUCAGGGAGUUGAUAGGCUCACCCCAAAAUAUGCUUUUUGGGACUGAUUUAGCACCUGCAUAUUCUGCGUGAAUCUCUUUAAUUGGUUGCAGUUGAGCUAAUGGUGGAACCAAAAUGCUAUUGCCCUGUCUUCAUCAACAUUUAAUCAAGUGUUGCAGAGAUAGGAACAUGGGAGAGAAACAAUCUGGAUAACAUGAAAGUGAUGCUGGUGGUUAAGGGAAGGCAACUUGAUUCUGUGGGAAGGGCUGUAGCUGAUCCAUCCGUUGUCUAGAUUUGAGUAUGAGCACAGUGGAAGAGGAUUCUGACACAGUAACAGUAGAAACUGUGAACUCUGUGACUUUGACUCAGGACACAGAAGGGAAUCUCAUUCUUCACUGCCCUCAGAAUGAAGCGGAUGAAAUAGACUCAGAAGAUAGUAUUGAACCUCCACAUAAAAGGCUUUGUUUGUCCUCUGAGGAUGAUCAGAGUAUUGAUGAUUCUACUCCUUGCAUAUCAGUUGUUGCACUUCCACUUUCAGAAAAUGAUCAGAGCUUUGAGGUGACCAUGACUGCGACCACAGAGGUAGCAGAUGAUGAGGUUACUGAGGGGACUGUGACACAGAUCCAGAUUUUGCAGAAUGAGCAACUAGAUGAAAUAUCUCCCUUGGGUAACGAGGAAGUUUCAGCAGUUAGCCAAGCAUGGUUUACAACUAAAGAAGAUAAGGAUUCUCUGACUAAUAAAGGACAUAAAUGGAAGCAGGGGAUGUGGUCCAAGGAAGAAAUUGAUAUUUUGAUGAACAAUAUUGAACGCUAUCUGAAGGCACGCGGAAUAAAAGAUGCUACAGAAAUCAUCUUUGAGAUGUCAAAAGACGAAAGAAAAGAUUUCUACAGGACUAUAGCAUGGGGUCUGAACCGGCCUUUGUUUGCAGUUUAUAGAAGAGUGCUUCGCAUGUAUGAUGACAGAAACCAUGUGGGAAAAUAUACACCUGAAGAAAUUGAGAAGCUCAAGGAGCUCCGGAUAAAGCAUGGCAAUGACUGGGCAACAAUAGGGGCGGCGCUAGGAAGAAGUGCAUCUUCUGUCAAAGAUCGGUGCCGACUGAUGAAGGAUACUUGCAACACAGGGAAGUGGACAGAAGAAGAAGAAAAGAGACUUGCAGAAGUGGUUCAUGAGUUGACGAGCACUGAGCCAGGUGACAUAGUCACACAGGGUGUGUCUUGGGCAGCUGUGGCUGAACGAGUGGGUACCCGCUCAGAAAAGCAAUGUCGUUCUAAGUGGCUCAACUACCUGAAUUGGAAACAGAGUGGGGGUACUGAAUGGACCAAGGAAGAUGAAAUCAAUCUCAUCCUCAGGAUAGCAGAACUUGAUGUAGCUGAUGAAAAUGACAUUAACUGGGAUCUGUUAGCUGAGGGAUGGAGUAGUGUCCGUUCACCACAAUGGCUACGAAGUAAAUGGUGGACCAUCAAAAGGCAAAUUGCAAACCAUAAGGAUGUUUCGUUCCCUGUCUUAAUAAAAGGUCUUAAACAGUUACAUGAGAACCAAAAAAACAACCCAACGCUUUUGGAGAAUAAAUCAGGAUCUGGAGUUCCAAACAGUAAUACCAAUUCCAGUGUGCAGCAUGUUCAGAUAAGAGUUGCCCGCUUGGAAGAUAAUACAGCCAUCUCUUCUAGCCCCAUGGCAGCAUUGCAGAUUCCAGUCCAGAUCACCCAUGUUUCUUCAACAGACUCUCCUGCUGCUACCGUUGACUCAGAAACAAUAACACUAAACAGUGGAACACUACAGACAUUUGAGAUUCUUCCUUCUUUCCAUCUACAGCCCACUGGCACUCCAGGCACCUACCUACUUCAAACAAGCUCAAGCCAAGGCCUUCCCCUAACUCUGACUGCUAGUCCCACAGUAACCCUGACAGCUGCUGCUCCUGCUUCUCCUGAACAGAUUAUUGUUCAUGCUUUAUCCCCAGAACAUUUGUUGAACACAAGUGAUAAUGUUACAGUGCAGUGUCACACACCAAGAGUCAUCAUUCAGACUGUUGCCACAGAGGACAUCACUUCUUCCAUAUCCCAAGCAGAACUGACAGUAGAUAGUGAUAUUCAGUCAUCUGAUUUUCCUGAGCCUCCAGAUGCCCUAGAAGCAGACACUUUCCCAGAUGAAAUUCAUCACCCUAAGAUGACUGUGGAGCCAUCAUUUAAUGAUGCUCAUGUAUCCAAAUUCAGUGACCAAAAUAGCACAGAACUGAUGAAUAGUGUUAUGGUCAGAACAGAAGAAGAAAUCUCUGACACCGACCUUAAACAAGAGGAAUCGCCCUCUGAUUUAGCCCGUGCUUACGUUACCGAGGUAAGUUGUACUUUAAGAACAACUGAAUGGGUUAUUGCCUUGAGCCUCAAACCUGCAGUUGGGGAAACUUUUUUCUUUAGACUCAUGAAAUUAAGCUCAAACCCCUACCUCACACCUCACAAGCAGUGUUGUUGCUGGCAGAAAUGGACAGGCAGUGAUCCUGUGGCAGUCAGGAAGAAUAAGAAAACCAUGUUCUAUCUUCACAGUUCCUCACUAAAACUUUUCCCUCUUUACCUACAAUACAUUGAAAAAUGUUUGUUAGAACCCAUAGAAGCAUUUUCCUGAGAGUAGUUAGUAAUCUUCGUGGUUCAGCCUGGGAACAUCAUCCUACACUGUAACAGCAUUGUUUCUUCUGUUAUAUUCAGCUGACCUAUAACUGACCUAGUCCUUAUGAGUUCAUCUUUUGUUAAAGGUAUGUUAGAUUGUGAGGUCAUCUUUUGUCCCUGUGAGAUCUUAACUUUUUAUUUUAUAUUCUGAUUUUUAAAUGGGUUAUAUUUAAGUCUAACCUAUACAUGCCUAUACGUGGGAUUUUAAGGAAAACUAGUAAGGAAUAUGAGUCAAUCUCUUUUUUUUUUUUAAAUGUUAUUUAGGGUUUAGAGUCUCCCACUAUAGAAGAACAAGUUGAUCAAACAAUUGAUGAUGAAACAAUACUUAUCGUUCCUUCACCACAUGGCUUUAUCCAGGCAUCUGAUGUUAUAGAUACUGAAUCUGUCUUGCCUUUGACAACACUAACAGGUACUGUAAUAUAAUACUUACUAGGUGCCUGAUAAAUUUUAGAUGGAAAAAAUCAGACAUUUAAUUCACUUGUUUCAGUCUUUCUUGAUCCAAUAAGCUACUAGUCCUGUUAACUUCUACACUGUUGCAGAAUACCUUAAAUUCUUGACAUGGAUUAGAGAAUAUAUACAUUUAAGACUAACUUGAAACUCAUUACAGAUCCCAUACUCCAACAUCAUCAGGAAGAAUCAAAUAUCAUUGGAUCAUCCUUGGACAGUCCUGUUUCAGAAGAUUCAAAGGAUGUAGAAGAUUUGGUAAACUGUCAUUAGAAUAAUUCUUAGAAAUAGGCAGUUCAAGCAAAGAAGCCACACUGUUAAUUACAACAUCGUCAAAGAAAUAGGAGCAACCCCCAAGAGGCUUAAUUUACCAAUUUAAAUAGCCACAGUGCUUAAGCCACACACAUUGUUGCUGCUAUGACUUUUUACCUCCUUUAAACAUCAUCUGAGGUUGAGUUUUAUGAGAGUAUGUAGUUGACUGGAGGCUGGGAGUUUUAAGCAUAAAUCCCUAUGUUUAAUGUUACAUGGGAAUAAGGAAUUUCAUUCACUUCAGCCACUAAGAAAAGUUUACAGCCACUAAGAAAAGUUUAGAAUCACGAAAGCUUAACUGCUGUGGUUUAAAGUACAGUUUCUCUAAAGAUCAGACAUGGCACUGUCUUCUCUCAAGUAAGCCUGGUUGUAGUUCAGAUGAGUCAUUUCAACAUGGUCUAGAGCUUACCAGUGAUCUUCUGAUCUUCAAGAAGACUAAGUUUGAGACUUGACCAGCAUACAAGUACAGAGACCUAGGAGGUGGUCUUGUGGUGGUUACAUUUGGUUAACCCAUUGCUGGCAGUGGGAGCUGAUUUAGGCAGGGUAAAAAGGAAAGCAUUAAAAGUUAAAAUUCACUACAGGUUUUUUGUUACUUUUAAAGGGAAUAUGGAUAAGCAUAGUAACAAAACCCACCAGAAUCUAAGCAGUUUUCACCCCCUCAGAAACCACUGUCAUUAGUUUACAAAGUUAGCACUUUGAAGUAAAACUAAAUGAGGAAGGAAGUAAUGUUACCUAUCCUUGAUACCAUGACCAUUUAUUAGAUGUUUUGCUAUAUAAAUUACCGAGAGAAUAGUUUGUCAUCCACUUAGUAUGUUAGCUGGUGGGGUACAUAUAACCUCUCAUCUCAGGCAAUUUUAAAAAAACAGUAUUUGCUUCUAUAACAAAAGGAAACAAAUCUAAGAAUCAUUCCUAUACUACAGAAGGGUUAAGGCAAGGUAACCUUUUGGGCUUUUUAAUGAAUAUGACCCCUACAGAAAAGUCAAGAAAAAAAAAAAAAAACCUUGUAUAAAUUAUUUUAUUUAUUAUUGUAAUUAGAUCUUCACAAAGUUGUCUUUUCACUGUCUGUUUUGUCAACGUGAAAUUAAAUUGUAGUUAUAAGCAAAAGUUGGUUGCCUAGGGAACAAUUGUAUAUUCAGUUUAACAGAAAUAAAAGAAUAUUUGUCUUAAAA